AUGACGGGAACACCAGUAUUUCAGUAUAAGAUACCAUAUGAAGAGUGGUAUUUCAUAGUCACGUCCAGCGGAUUGCAUUUUUAUUUUAAUAAGUCCAAAAAGAAGUCUUAUUGGCAAUUGUAUGAUAUUUUCCAAGAUAAUCCUGGUAUCGACCAGAAUGAGUUUAUCAAUUGCAUAAACAUGGAAGAUGUCGCGUUAUUGAUGAGUAGGGUAAAUGGGCUAAAGGGGUUGGAUGGAUACUUCUUCAAAGGUCCAAAAAUUCACAGCAAAGAUUUAAAGGCGAAAUUGACUGACGUAGAAAGUACAAAUGAUCAAAAGAAUGAUGAGGAGGGAACAGAAGAGGCCAUAAUAGAUAAAGAAGACACAAGAGAUAGCGACGAUGAAGAGGAAGAAGCGAUGGAGUACGACAAAGAUGAAAAAGAUGAGUUCAUACGUAAUUUGCUUUUAGAAGAAGGCUACAUAAAAGAAGAAACAGAGCUGGCAAUGGCAGUAGAAAAGGAAGAAAAAGCACCCGAUGGGUUAGAUUUAGGCUAUUCGUCAAGUGAAGAGGACUCCGAAGAAGAAGAAAUCCAGGAUAUAGAGAACGGGCAAGAUGACGAUGAUGAAGAAGAAGCAAAUCACAAAGAUGAUAAUAAUAAAAAUAGAGACGCCAACGAAGACCAUAACAUAGAGAAUGAUAACGCCAGUCUCAUCGAGGCGAACAAUAAGGAUGAACACAGAGAAGAAGAAGGUAAUGCAGGACAAAACGAAGAAAACCAUAUUGAACUGACUAUUCACAAUACAAAUGAAAGUGACGACGAAACGCAAAAUAAUCUAGGCUUAGACUUAUCGUUAUCUGACGAUGAGAGAGAUACCACACAAGACUUCUUACAAUUACUUGACUGCUACAAAGAUAGAAUUUCAGUGUACGAUCCGUGGUUUUUAGUCGAAGAAGAACUACUUUCUGAAUUUAUUACAAAACCUGAAUAUUACUCCAUACAUGAUUCAUCUGAAAGAGAGAGUAUAUUUAAUCAAUGGUGUAAAGUGCAGCAAGAUCAACCUCAAAAUGCAACAGCUGAAGUUGAAGUUGAAAAAUCUAAGGUAUACCCCACUCUAACUCAGAUGUAUUUCAAAUAUCUUCAAAAUCAUAAAAAGGAGCUCAAGAAAUAUUUCUAUUCCCAGUUUAGCACCAAAUUUGCGGAUGAAAUUGACUUGACUUUUUGUGAAUUACCAUCAAAGGAAAGAGAAUCGUUGUAUCGUCAAUAUAAAAUAAUGAUUACUGAUUAUGCCGACUAUGAGAAAAAGAUAAAAAAAUCUGGCCUGAACGAUAUCAACUUAAAGAAGUUAAGGCUUGACAAUUUCUUAAAAAAGAACUGUAAAACUAUAUCAAAUAAUGCAGAAUCAGAAGGUAUUUUGCAAGUAGAAGACUCAACGGAGGAUUCAUUCAGCAAAUGGGCGAAACUUUGUAAUUUGUAUAAUAUACCUACUUCAAUCGGUAAUAACGUUGAAAAUUUCAUAGUCGGAGAUGAAAAACGAUUGCAAUCAUAUAUAGAAACGCUAAGUAAGUCAUAA